AUGCUUCGAAGAGCACACCGGCCGGGAAUUCUCCUCAUUUGCGUAUUGAGCCUCAUUUCUGCACACGCUCCUCGACCGCGACGAUCGUUGGCCCCGUUUUCCGGUGCUGGUGGCUCACUUCGUACCGAGAUGAGCGUGACACGCGAUCACUGGCACUGUGGCAGCGAUGACGGACACAGCAAGGACUACACGUACAAGCAGGUCGAACAGAAUUGUCCUUCACUCGCUGCUUCUUUGAAUCAUUGUUGCGCCGUCCACGAUGACUGUUAUGGCCAACAAUUGGGACAGGAAGAAUGCGACAAACAAUUCUGCGAGUGCAAUCGGCUUGUCGCACGUCUGCCGACCGAGGAGAGCUUCAAAUGCCGCGGAAUGCUCAGCGACGCGUGUCUCGUGUUGCAGCUUCUUGGACAUUUGGCGUACGGUAACUCGAACUACACAGAUCCGACGAAGCCUUCAAAUGUCAUACCAGUGGUGCCGAAAACUGUUCCAGAGAUCAAACAUGAUUAUUUGAAGCUUUACGAGACGUGCCCAUUUGUUAACAUAACCCUCGCAUCGUGCUCGUACAACUUUGAUCUUUGCGCCGACGUUCACUCAGUGGAUUUUUGCGCCAAUGAUUUAUGCAAUUGUAUGCUGGACGCCGCUGAAAUGGAUCCGAUCCACAAGAAGCAAUGUAUGGUGGAUGUCACUCACACUUGUCGUAAAGCCCUAACCCAUUCUACCGAGAUUAUGACGCAAAGAAGCAACACUAAAUUUAAUAUGAUUUUGUUGACAAUUUUCCUGUUUGCCGCCGGUGCCACCGCUCUCAUUGGUUUCACCAUUUAUAAACGGAGUUUGAAGCCGGAGAAGAAGGAUGGCAAAUUGAUGCACAUCCAUUCGGUGGAAUCGUCGAAAUCGGUGAACCCGCUUCUUCUGAACACGGACUAA